AUGGGGGAUCAAUUCCAUCAGGAUCUCAACCCGCCCUCGUGCGACGAGGCUGCAAUCUCAUAUCCCGCCCAACACGUCCUACUAGUCACCAUCACGCGAGCAAAGAAAAUGAACACGACAAACCAAAAGCUGAAUUGGCAACUCGACGCCGUAUGGAAGUGGUUUGACGACGAGCCAAGUCUACGAGUAGCCAUCAUCACCGGCGAAGGAACGAAGGCUUUCUGCGCCGGAUCAGAUCUCAUUGAAAUCGAGGCUGCACAGAAAAAUAAAGAUCGGCCGUGGGAGAGCGUCAACCCUCCGAGCGCAUCUGCUGGAUUGGCUAGACGCUUUGGAAAGAAGCCUGUUCUUGUGGCGGUGAAUGGGAUUGCGCUUGGGGGUGGGUUUGAGAUUGUUCUGAAUAGCGAUAUUGCGAUUGCAUCACCGGCUGCUCAAUUCAGCUUGCCGGAGCCGAGUGUCGGCGUAUACGCCUGGAGCGGCGGCCUCCCGCGACUGGUGAGGAAUCUAGGCAUGCAAGCCGCGAGCGACAUAGCCUUGACCGGCAGGCGGAUCAGCGCGCAAGAAGCACUCGACCUGCGCCUCAUCACCGCCAUCUCCAAGUCUCCCGAGUCGUGUCUACGGGAAACAAUCGAGAAGGCGAAGCAAGUUGCUGCUAUAUCGCCCGACGGAAUCAUCGUGACUCGAGCAGCGUUGAGGGAAGCAUGGGAGACGGGAUCUGUGGAGCGGGCUUUUCAGAUUACUCACGAGGCAUAUUUUGAGAAGCUGAUGAAGAGUGCCAACUCCCAGGAGGGCUUGUCUGCAUUUCGAGAGAAGCGGAAACCGAACUGGACGGGCUCGAAGCUGUGA